GGGAGGAAGGCCGAGGUGAGGAGAGGAGUGGGCGGAGACGUGUCCAUAUCCGGACAGCAGCUGCAGGAUUAACUUUAAAUAGAGUUCAGGGAGACCGAGAGGGGCUCAAUUUCAGCCAGGUCCGGCGUGGAAGCCACAACACCAAAGGAGAGCAGGUCGCUAACGGAGACAGGAGUCACGAAGAGAUGCAGCGAACCAUGAUUGCGGUGAAGGCGGAUGGAGUGCAGAGGGGACUGAUUGGAGAGAUCAUCAGCCGAUUCGAACGUAGAGGCUUCAGGCUGCUGGCUAUCAAAAUGGUGCAGCCUUCUGAAGAUCUGGCGAGACAGCAUUACAUCGAGCUGAAGGACAGGCCUUUUUACAGCGGUCUCUGCAAAUUCACAUCCUCCGGUCCGUUUGUUGCAAUGUGUUGGGAAGGGGAGAAUAUCGUUAAACUUUCCCGGGAUAUGUUGGGAGCCACAAAUCCUGCUGAAUCCCUGCCGGGAACGAUCCGUGGAGAUCUCAGCAUCCAGGUUGGCAGGAACGUUAUCCAUGGUAGUGACUCUCCCGCGACUGCUGAGCGGGAACUGGCGCUGUGGUUUCGUCCGGAAGAGAUCGUCGUCUGGAACAGCUGCCUGAACUCCUUCCUCUACGAGUGAACGCGGCCGCGUGUAUCUGUGUUUUCCUUCCCCGCAUUUAUAAACACAUCGGCAUCACUGGCA